UUCACAAAAAAUAUUGACACGUGGGACAGUUUAAGGUUUUGGGAAAUGCGCGCGUCAACGUGCAUGUGGAAUUGAACAUAUUAAGGCGUUUCACGACGAAAGAUUUGGACACACAUUGAAAGUAGUGCUUUUGGUGUUAUUUUGGCAAUUGUGCGCAGCAGUUCCCCAUUAAUGUUAGCUUGACGUCUUGGAAAGCAAACCGAAAGACCCGAAAAGGAUUUACUUGAAGCCGGGGAUGUAACUGCACUUGAACUGCUUGUACUGAAGCUCGUUUCGGGGUUUUCUCAUCUGUUGCUCGUGGUAGCGGAAUUGACGUGAUUUCGAGGCGUCGCCUGCAGGCUAUCACGAAGGGUCCAUCAACAUCAUCCAAAAGAACCCGAAGUCGAAAUGCUUCUUCCUGCUUGUGACUCUUAUUAAUAGAGACACCCCUCCAGAAAUGGACCGCACAGGCAGCUAACUACCCCCCACUCCGUAUUAACCAGACAUGUAAACCACCUCGACGCGGAAGAUCGCUGACUCGUCACCGUACACUCGUCAGAUUGUGGUGGUGGCGGGGUGGGGGCACAUUCGCGGGGAGAGGACGGCGGCGACACGAGCGAGGCUUCGCUGAAAUGAGAUGAGGCUCAGAAAUGGAACUGUGGCCACUGCGAUAAUUUUCUUCACGUCUUUCCUCAGCUUGUCCUGGUACAACGCCUGGCAAAAUGGCAAAGAGGAACUGGUAGCGUACCAGCGGGAGUUCCAUGCCUUGAAAGAGCGCCUACGUGUGGCCGAGCACCGGACGCUGCAGCGCUCGUCGGAGCUCAACAACAUCCUCGAGCAGUUUCGACGCGCCUUUGCCGAGACCAACAACAGCAAAGAUGCACUCACCACUUUUUCAGCUGAUACCCAGAGACUUUUGAAGGAGUUGGCCAACAGGAAACCUCUCCACGUGCCAAACAUCUACCACCAUCUGCCUCACUUACUCAACAAUGAGGACAGCUUGCACCCCGCUGUACAAGUCGGCCUCGGACGUACCGGAGUUACCAUGGUGAUGGGGAUCCCCACGGUGAAGCGGAAGGUGAAGUCGUAUCUGGCGGAGACGCUGCAUUCACUCGUUGACAAACUGUCUCCGGAGGAGAAACUCAACUGUGUCAUUAUCGUCUUCGUCGGGGAGACCGACCUGGAGUACGUUCAGAGUGUGGUUUCUGGCCUGCAGAAGGAGUUCUCGGCGGAGCUGAAUUCAGGUUUGCUGGAGGUCAUUUCGCCUCCCGCCAACUUUUACCCAGACCUCACCAACCUUAAGGAGACAUUUGGAGACUCCAAAGACAGAGUGAGAUGGCGGACAAAGCAGAACCUAGACUAUUCCUUUCUCAUGAUGUAUGCAAUCAGCAAAGGAAUCUAUUAUGUUCAGUUGGAGGACGACAUCGUGGCCAAGUCCAACUACUUUGCCACCAUGAAGAACUUUGCCCUCCAGCUCGCGUCCGAGGACUGGAUGGUCCUGGAGUUUUCUCAGCUGGGCUUCAUCGGCAAGAUGUUCAAGGCACCAGACCUGAAUCUUAUCGUCGAGUUCAUCUUCAUGUUCUAUAAGGAGAAGCCAAUCGACUGGCUGCUAGACCACAUUCUCUGGGUCAAAGUGUGCAAUCCCGAGAAAGAUGCGAAACAUUGCGAGCGUCAGAAGUCCAGCCUCCGCGUGCGCUUCCGACCAUCCUUGUUUCAACACGUGGGCCUCCAUUCUUCUCUCGCCGGAAAGAUCCAAAAGCUGACAGACAAAGACUUCCUAAAGCCACUUCUCCACAAGAUACAUGUCAACCCUCCUGCUGAGGUUUCCACCUCAAUGAAGGUUUAUCAGGGCCACACCCUGGAGAAGACAUACCUCGGGGAGGAUUUCUUCUGGGCCAUCACGCCUUCGGCGGGAGACUACAUCCUCUUUAAAUUCGACAGACCCAUCUGCAUCGAGCGGUUCCUGUUUCGCAGCGGUAACCAGGAACACCUGGGUGACAAGAUGCAAAACACCACGGUGGAAAUCCUACCCGUGUCCGAACCUGGACUGCAGACCAAAGAGAAGUACAAACGAACCGAAGACCGCUUCUACAGGAUCGGUCAGUUUGAAAAGGGUGUGGCUGAAGGAGCUGUCGAUCCUUCCUUCAACCCCAUCCUGGCUUUGCGACUGUCCGUUCUCAAAAACUCGGCUGUUUGGACCAUCAUCAGUGAAAUACAUAUAAAGAGGAUUGCAGGCUGACUUUGGGGCAGGGCAGCCUUGAAUCAUCAGCCCCUGGGAGAUGAAAACCUUGCAGACUGCUCAUGCUGGGGCGUCAGGGAAGAGUGAAAUCAUGAGCCCACUUGGAGCUCAUUAUUUUUUUUUUCUUUUUCACCCUUUUCUUUCUGCGUCCCAUCACUCUCUUACUUACCUCGUUAGUGAGAAUGUGAAUACUGCUGUCAGUAGGCAAAACAGCCGUGCCGUGUGACGGAAUCAUCCGACAAUUUUGGAAAACAAUCGGGGAAACCUCUCAGAUGAAGGAGGACAAAAAUCAUGACGUCAGUCACCUGGCCACUGUCCAUGCUGCCAAGCCACUCCCUUUCAACUCAAUGCUGCCACUCUUUGGGCACGCUGGGGCAUUGCACUCUUGACUAGCGCCACCAGCUGUUGCCCUUGAUGGUGCCAGGAAUGUAUACCCGAACCCACAAAUGAGGAAACGCCGUUUUAAGACCAACACCAGCCCCAACUCAAAAAAUACUCCAUUACCUUUAGAAAAGAAAAAUCCUGCCUUCAUCAGUAACAGUUAGCUAAAAAAUUUUAACAAAAGAAAAAAAAUGUGAUGAAAGGCAUCAAGUCUCUUAUUGUCUGACGAGGAUAGAAAAAUCAAUCGGACAUUGCCUUGAUGCUGUUUUUUUUCCCCCCAGAAGGAAUAUGCUGAUAAAUGAGUACAGUUACAAGGAUCUAUGAAGGUGACUUAAUUUAUUUGAAAAUAAGCCUUUUAAUUUGUACAAGAAGUAAAAUAUAUUUUUGAAUCUAUUGCGAGAUGUGUAUGCUAGUGCGCCUUUUUGUUUUUACGUGUUUGUUUGUAUACUGUGCAUUUUCAUGAUUCUGACGGCUACACGGAAGCCGUCGCCCCAUUUCAUUACACUUGAAGCCGGUUGACAUUAUUAUUUAAACGCAGAGAGAUGACAACAGACUCCAUUUUGCGCACCAAAAGUGGAGAAUUGUGCCUUAUAUCAAGUUCCCUAAACGUGUAUCGGCUAUUUCAAUCACAUUUGCUAACACCUCACUGGCUGCAUAUAGUAAUAUUCGCAUAACUAUUAUUAUUGUUGUUGUGAAAAUAGCAGACAGUUCACUCAGUGUUUGAUGUGACUACAAAUAAGUGGGUAUCAAAUUACAUCCUAAACUGCUUUGCUUUGCACUGUGUAUUCGUUGCGUCACCGUUGGGACCAGUCUUUUCAUUCUUCCAUGACCAUUAGGACCAUACUGAAGGGCGGUGGGUGCGUAUCAAACGAUGGGAAAUCAACA